CCAAUUCAAAGGGAAAGGAGGACAGAGACGGGUGGAGAAAUGCUAUAUAUAUAUAUAUGUUGCUUCUCAUUCUCUAAUGACACCGUUUGAAAAGCCCUACCGGAAAAAUACUUUCCCCCAAAAGACGCGGAAAAACACACAAACAUCCAGAAAAGAAACGUCCGCCUUCACUUUUUAAAAAGAGACUGGACCGACCUCCAUGGGAUUGAGAGCCGGGCGUUUUUAGCGCUUUGGCAUCUUUAGAGAGCCGGAGCCGGUCGGACAUCGCCUUCAGGUUCUUUCCUGCGAAAAGCCUCCAGUCGUCUGGUCAAGGGGCAUCCUUCAACAAGAAUCAUUGAAAAUCCUCCCCGUGUCCUGCUCCAGCGGACUGAGGCCUCCUUCGAAGGCACUCCGGCGCAUCGCCUCCGCAGCGGAGCGAGGCGAGCGGCAAGGCCAUCAGGGCUCGCAGGGCGUGGAGCGGAGCGCGCCACAGGUAGUGAGCCCAAGCAGCCCGAAGAGCAUGCAGGAGCUCUCGCUGGAGGUCACCCCGGUCGAUUCCGAGGCGGAGCUGCAGUUCCAAGCAGAGGAGGUGGAGAUCGUGGUGGGCCCCACCCAGCACGCUGUUCUGCCGUUGUCCUUCGAGAACGUUUGGAUCGACGAGCAGCACUUGGCUGUGCAAAGCCGCUCCAGCCAUCUCUCAGUCUCAGACGUGCUGCGCUUGAAGGCGCAGGACCGGCCCCAGCUGCAGGUGCGCUCCUUUGGCUCCUUGUUGCACAGCUGCCAGACGGAAGCACCUUGCAGGCCGUGCAUGUUCGAGCGUGUGCCCGGCCGCUGCAAGAAGGCUUGGCUGUGUGACUUCUGCCACCUCCAUGCGGGCCGAAAGAAGAAGGGCGAACCUUCGACGGAUCCGAAGGAGCCGGCACGCUCCAGCACCCUGGACUUCGAGUGGGACACCGAGAGCCGGGAGCAACUGGGGGAUCACAUGGCGCAUCAGUUGCAGCAGAUCCAGCAACUUCAGCUGCAGCAGAUGUCCCGCAUGUCGCAGUACGACCUUCAGCAGCAGCAGCAGCUGCUCCAGUUUCAGCAGUAUCAGAGGGCUUUGCAGGCGCAGCAGACGCUGGAGGCUCCCGCUAUGAAGCAGAUGCGUGCGCAGAGU